AUGGCUACCGCAGUGCGCAAGUUCCGUCCCGUGGUAAUCUUCGGCCCAUCAGGAACCGGCAAGUCCACGAUCCUCAAACGGCUCUUUGCCGAAUAUCCUGAUAAAUUCAGCUUCUCCGUCUCCCAUACCACCCGUGCUCCUCGUCUCGGCGAGAAAGACGGUCGCGAAUACUACUUCACGACCAAAGAUGGGUUUUUACAGUUGGUUGCUGAAGGUGGCUUUAUUGAAUACGCCCAGUUUGGCGGCAACUAUUAUGGAACGAGCACCAGGGCAGUAAGAGAAAUCAUGAACCAGGGAAAAGUGUGCGUUUUGGAUAUUGAAAUGGAGGUAUGGACUCCUCUGGUGCCAGCUCGGCUCAUUCUUUGUCUUUCGAGAGCGUUGGCUAACGAGCCGGGGAAAACCCUACAACAGGGUGUCAAGCAGCUUAAAAAGACAGACCUCAAUGCGAGAUUCUUAUUCCUCGCUCCUCCAUCGAUGGAGGAACUUGAGCGCAGAUUGCGUGGCCGUGGCACGGAGACGGAGGAUAGCCUACAUAAACGAUUAACACAGGCGAAGAACGAGGUGGAAUUCGCCAAACAGCCAGGUUCUCACGAUAAGACUGUCGUCAAUGACGAUCUCGAGACGGCAUAUCAAACAGUGAAAGAUUGGGUCGUGGAUAAUGGGGAUUUUGGCGAGAUGCGUGCAUCUUGA